UGUGGAAGCAGCAUGGUAGGAUGUCUGCAGUUAACAGAGUUUAUUAAUGGUGUAUAAGUGAGAGAGAACAUAAAUUACUAAGGUAGAAAUGUGGGCCAGUAUUUUUUUUUCUGUUUGAGAAGGUGCUAUGAUACUGGAGAGUCAGCUUCUUAAAUCGUUGUAUGUUACCUUGUAAUUUCAGGAAGAGUGGAAACUACCACUUGAACCAUACAUAUAGUUAUCUGAGUUAAGGAUGUGAUAACUCCUUAACAGUCCUCAAAAGCUGAGUUCCUUUGAAUGUGCAUGAGCUGCCAUCUCUGCUCGAAACUGGACUAGUUGUUAAUGAGGCACAAAAGGCUGGGAGUUGAGUUUGAUCUGAAGAGGGGUAUGAUCAAGUAUAAUUGGGUCAGUAUAUGCUGCCCUUUUUUCUGGCAGUACCGGCUUAAGCACCUCCUCAUGUAACUUGCAUCAGCUUUCAAAACUGGUUUGCAAUGACUAAACGAAUGCCUGAGCCAGUACAACUAAAGAGGUGAUGGUGCAACUCAGCAGUGAGCAUUGGGGAAGGGAAGGAUGUAUAAUUGCUCUUGAAGCCAGCACUGCUGCUGGAGUUCGGCUUGCGCUGGAAGCAGGAAGAGCAAAUGGUGCUGGGCUCACAGAAGGCGCUCUAUCACAGAGCUGCUGUGUAAAAGGCGUUGUUUUGGGAAAUGGAACACCCACCAAGGAUACUGCAUAGUUGAUAGUAUAAUAAAUACCAGUAUACUACUAUAAAUGCUGGUUAACACAUACGCAUGUUUGUUCUGGGGCUGGCGCUUGAUUUUUUUGUCUCUCUAAAGGUAACUUUAGUAAUGAUACAAAAGUGAUGGAGGAUUGACCUUUGAGAAAGAUCAUUUGAACCAGUGAAAACUAGCAUGGGACUAACAUUUGAAUUUGAUACAUGAAAGGGACGAGCUCUGUCCCGACCAGUUGUGACAUUAAAGAUAAUUGAAUCCUUUUUACUAAGUCUUGAAAUCAGUGCAUUUCUCCUUAGACGUCAGCUUGUUAACAUGUUGCUGACAUUACUUGUUUCUUUACUAGAUACAGAAAGAAGAGUGUUUUCAUCCUGUUUGUAAAGACUUUAGGAGCAUCUCUUCUAAAAUUUACAUGAUGAAAUUCAUGUAGUUAAAUGGACAUCAGUUUGAUAAUAUUAAAUUUAAUGUGUAUUUUCUGUGGCCAUUUGUUUACUAUUUUUUCCAGUUUGAAUUUUGUGACUGCUGUUCGUUUUGUUUGAUGUUUUGAUGAAGUUUUGUUGCUGAUGCUCUGCUGCAUUUCCUUUCCUUUGUUCACUCUCCUGUAUUUCCUUGUGCCAUCUCAUCUGUGCCCCAUCUGCAGAUUCUGCAGAAGUGUUUUUACAAGGGGCAGUGAUUAAUGAAAAAGUUGGAGGGAUAAAGGGCACCUAUUAUACAUAGGAAAGAAAAGGGUGGAGAAACAUAAGCACAAGUAUGUUUCUCCUUGCUUGUGACUCACUUUUUCAUAACAGAAGGAUAUUCAAAUGGAGCAGAAAGCUAAUCGAGAACAAACAGGAAGUAAAAGUCAUAAUUAUCUCUGCACUGAACCAUGAGAAGUUCUACCUUCAAGACACUAAAAGUAGUAAUGGUACCUUUAUUAAUAGUCAGAGACUGAGUAGAGGAUCUGAGGAAAGCCCACCAUGUGAAAUUAUGUCGGGUGACAUCAUCCAGUUUGGUGUAGAUGUGACGGAGAACACGCGGAAAGGUAAGGUUACUCAUGGAUGUAUAGUCUCCACAAUCAAACUGUUUCUUCCAGAUGGAAUGGAAGCUCGAUUGCGAUCAGAUGUUAUCCAUGCUCCAUUACCAAGUCCUGUUGACAAGGUUGCUGCUAACACUCCCAGUAUGUAUUCUCAGGAAUUGUUUCAGCUUUCACAGUAUCUACAGGAAGCCUUACACCGGGAACAAAUGUUGGAACAGAAGCUGGCAACCCUUCAGCGACUACUUGCUGUCACACAAGAGGCUUCAGAUACUAGUUGGCAGGCUUUAAUAGAUGAAGACAGGCUGCUAUCAAGAUUAGAGGUUAUGGGAAAUCAAUUACAGGCAUGUUCAAAGAAUCAAACAGAAGACAGUAUACGAAAAGAGCUUAUAGCAUUACAAGAAGACAAACACAACUAUGAGACAACAGCCAAAGAGUCCCUGAGGCGGGUCCUUCAGGAGAAAAUUGAAGUGGUCAGAAAACUGUCUGAAGUGGAGCGAAGUUUAAGUAAUACAGAAGAUGAAUGUACUCACCUUAAAGAGAUGAAUGAGCGGACUCAGGAAGAAUUAAGAGAAUUAGCUAAUAAGUACAAUGGAGCUGUAAAUGAAAUUAAAGAUCUUUCUGACAAGCUAAAGGUAGCAGAAGGAAGACAAGAAGAAAUCCAACAGAAAGGGCUGGCUGAGAAAAAGGAGUUGCAGCAUAAAAUAGAUGAAAUGGAAGAGAGAGAGCAAGAGCUUCAAGCAAAAAUAGAAGCUUUGCAGGCUGACAAUGACUUCACCAAUGAGCGGCUAACUGCUUUACAAGUACGGUUAGAACAUCUUCAAGAGAAAACACUUAAAGAACACAACAGCUUAGGGAUACAAGUUGACGACUUCAUACCUAAAAUUAAUGGGAGCACAGAGAAAGAGCACUUUCUUUCAAAGAGUGGAGGGGACUGCACUUUUAUUCAUCAGUUCAUAGAAUGUCAGAACAAGAUCAUAGAUGAAGGACAUCUAACCAAAGUGGAAGAAACAAAGCUUUUGAAAGAGAAUCAAGCAAGAGUCAAAGAAACUGAUUUGUCAGACACUCUUAGUCCAAGCAAGGAAAAAAGCAGUGACGACACUACAGAUGCCCAGAUGGAUGACCAAGAUCUAAAUGAACCUAUUGCUAAAGUAGCUCUUCUGAAAGAUGAAUUGCAGGGUGCACAAUCAGAGACUGAGGCUAAGCAAGAGAUUCAGCAACUGCACAAGGAGCUGAUUGAAGCCCAAGAGCUAGCUAGGACAAGUAAACAAAAAUGCUUUGAACUUCAAGCACUAUUGGAAGAAGAGAGAAAAGCCUAUCGAGUGCAAGUUGAAGAAUCUAACAAGCAAAUAAAUGUUCUGCAAGCUCAGUUGCGAAGGUUACAAGAAGAAAUUGAGAAUCUUCGUGAGGAAAAGGAGAAUGAAAUUUCAAGCACUCGAAAUGAACUAGUGAGUGCUCAAAAUGAGAUUCUGUCACUUCAACAAGUAGCAAAAAAGACAGCAUCAGAAAGAGAUACAGAUAUUUCUGCACUGCAAGAUGAGCUGCAAACAGUGAGAGCGGAACUUGAACGGUGGCGGAAAGAUGCCUCAGAUUAUGAAAAAGAAAUUGUCAGUCUGCAAGCCAGUUUUCAGCUCAGAUGCCAGCAGUGUGAGGAUCAGCAGAAGGAAGAGGCUACGUGCUUAAAAGGUGAACUUGAAAAGUUGAAGGCACAGUGGAGUGCUCUGGAAGCAGAAUGUGUUACACUAAGGAAGGAAAAUACUUUGCUUUCAUCUGAACUUCAGCGGCAAGAGAAGGAGCUUUCUAGCUCUCAGAAACAGAGUUUAGCGCUAACCAGCGAUAUAAGUGUUCUUGAAAUGUCUCGAAAGGAGCUUGAAAAUCAGAUGGGAUCUUUGAGAGAAAAACAUCAACGGGAUGCAGCUAGUCUAAAAAGCCAACUCAGUGAAGCUGAGAAUCAAGCAAAAGAUGUUCAGAAAGAGUAUGAAAGAACACAGACUGUGCUCUCAGAGCUAAAGGCGAAGUAUGAGAUGGCUGAACAAGAAAACCAGUCACUCACAGAAGAGCUCAGACAAUGUAAAGAAAACUUGAAGCUGCUACAAGAAAAAGGAAACAACAGACAAUGGCCUUGGAUGCCUGUGAUGGCAGCUUUGGUUGCUGUAACAGCCGUGGUGCUGUACCCAGGCCUAACCAGAGCUUCUCCAUGAGAACUGUUGUUGAAUCCAUACACCGUCCUCCCUUUAGAAGCUGGCAACAUUCAUAUACUGAGGGAAAACAGAUUAAUUCUCUUCCUUUUUACCUCUUAAUACAGCACAGCUCUGCGUGAGAACAGCAGUAGGGUCAUUUGCUUUAAACUGUAUAAAAUGUAUCUGUCUAUAAAGAGGGAAAUAAAAUUGUGAUUCAUCAUACUGUGAGCAAUAUUUUUGCUUACAAUUUCAUGCAAGUUUUAAAAUAGUAUGUUGGGAUUCUGAUACUAUAAUGGUGGCCUAAAGUAGGCUCUUGGUACCAAAUUAUUUAUAAUGGCUAGGGUUGUGGACACUUACUUUAGAAUCUGAUUGCCAGAUUUAAGAAGAAAAAUACAUUUCUAAUUUGGACACCCGAGCCAAGUAACCUUGCAGAUACUUGGUAAACAGAUGCAGUGUGCUCAGUGCCUUCAGUAUGAUUUUUUUGAUUAUUUUUUUUUUUUAUACAACUAGUAUACCAUUUUACUUGCUGUUUAAGUCACUGAGCUGUUGGGAACAAGACUUAAGAAAACUUAUCACACCUUUUGAAGGAAGCAUAUUUUAUUUGAUAAGGAUUGUUUUAUUCAUAAUUUUUGGGAAUAAACACAAUUCAUGUCCAGCCUUAAAAGAUAGAGAUAUUGAUGGUGAAGACCAGCCUAAAGCAUUUAGUGUGCGCGUGUGUGAGUGUAAGCAUGUGUGUGUUCUUGAGUGAACUAAGGUAUUCCUGGGAGCAAGUACUUGGUCAUUUGAUGGACAUAGUGCAGUGAUUCAACUUACGUUAACUUUAGUUUGAAUGUAAUUUAUUAAAUUUCAUAUAUUUAAAGAGAUACGUUCCUUAAAAGUAUGAAUACUUUCUCACAUAUCACAUGUAUCAGUUUAUUUUUUCAGUCAUUUGAUACUUUCUGACUUGAGCUGGAGAUGCUCUUUAGAUAAGCUUUUGUUGACGUAACUUUAUUAAGAGAACUGCUACAGUACGUCUGUGAUUAGCUGAAAAAAUCUAAGAUACAUGAAAUACUACAAAAUUGGAAUCAUGUACCUGACGAAGUGUUGUCAGGUAAAGAUGAUUUUAAUUUGGUAGUAAAAUUUUGUGCAUCCUCAUCACAUGGCUGUAAGUAUGAUGCAGUGGUCCCCAUUACAAAGUUUAUUUUUCCUUAUCUAAGUACUAUAACUAUUGCUACUUGCUGACUUUUGGUGGGAAUCACUGUAGUGAGUGCUGAAUUAAAUGUAGACUGUAGUUGUCUUGUUCAGCUCAACAGUUCUGUCAAAAAAGUUUAUUAAAGACUUAAAUAAUAUGCUAAAGAAUGGUAAAGUAAAAUGGCUCUGCUAAAGGAAACUUCAAAAUAGGGAGGUAAUCUCAGCAAUUCAAUUGGCUUUAAAGAAUGUUAUGGCAAUCGACAGUUUAAAUAUUUAAAUAGAAAUUUAGCAUAUAAUUUACUUUGUGAGGUUUUAAGGGUCAUUGUCCUUUAAUUAAAGGUUCUGUCUUAAGUUAAAUGGGAUUUACUAAUGGGAGGAUUAUUAGUUGGAAAAAAAGUCCGCAAGUGACUUGUAGAAAAUAUAUAUUGUCAUUUAGUUCAUUCAUUUCAUCCUUUUCAGUUGCAGGAAGCCACCCAACCACAGAACACUCGUAUGCCAGUGGUACUUAGUACCUCUUGUAUAUAGGUUAUUGCAAAUAUUGUUCUGAAAUGCUUAACUUCAGAAUUACAUUUUUUAAAGUAAAUAAUUGUUUUAAAUCUAUUUUGUAAAGAUAUAAAAAUACAAUAGAAUUUCUGGAGUACAGAUUAAACUAUUUGCACUAACACACGUGAUGUGCAUGAUUUAAUAAAAUAACUUUACUCUCCCUAUGCAUGUUUGAGUUGAAUGUCAUUUGAAAACAAAAGAUUCAUGCUAAGUUUCUUUUGCACUAGGUAUUGCCACAGUUACUAGGCACAAUGUCUGCAGCAUGUCCAGUAAUAAUAGCAAAAGACUUUUUUUUUACCUUGUAUUUCACACUUGCACUGGUUUAAGAUUUUGUCUAGCUGAUCUCUCUCCUGUCUGUGGUUUUCAGAAAGAAAGGCGGGAGGAGAGAGCCAUGGAAGGCUUGGGAGCAUAUUGCCAUGGGGGCAAAAAGGUGUUCACAGCUGAAGGGUGGAUAGUGCCUGUGGCAGGGGUUGUGAGAUGGAGGAGCAUUGGCUGCAAAUAGUGGGGUGAUAGUGGAAAGCCCUUUGAGGGGAAGGGAGCCUGAUGCUGCCUCCUCUCUCUUUUAGCAUCUUGAUCUCCCUAUUUGUCCCUCUUUCAGCUACUUUUCCGAUGGAUCCUGUUCCCUCCUCCCUGCCAGUAGCAUGUAGCCAUGGUGUGAGGAGGUGGAGUGGAGCCUGGUGGAGCAGUGGUCCCUCCUGGCUGGCAGCAGGGAAGGAGCCAAGUUCCCUGGGACCAGCCUCAGUGCCAGCCUGCACUGCAGUUGGUGCCCCAUACUGAGUGAUGCUGCCUGUGGCAUAAGACAAAUACUGUGUUUUCAGAAAUCUUUAAAGGAUCAGAGAGCUGAAAUUUGAGACCCAACAUGGUUGUAUUAAAGGAGAAAGAUUUCUAAUUUAAUUAUGUGCAUGUGUGCAUAUUUAUAUUAUAUACACAGGUGCAUAGUACACAUUGCAUGGGGGUUUGUGCUUACAAGUAUACCCGUGGUUCUCUAAUACAGUGCCUUUCCCAGGAAUUCUUGAUAUUUGCAUGUUUGAAAUGAUCAGGAAUGAGCUAAAAUGCACAGUUCACUUUUAUUUGUUGUGAGAAUCCCUGGAGAAGGAUUGGAUAACUGGGAAGCUGCUGUUCUUCAGUGCUUUGAUACUAAAGCAGCAAGUGGAGUUAUUUUGCAAGCACUCUAUGCACAAACCUUUCUAGUGUUUCAUUGUGUUUGUUUAUGGUAAAUGUGUGUGCCUCUUCACAUUCUUAUUUAGGUUCUUUCUUUUUAGUUCUGAGGCUUGAUUAGCUAAGCCCUGGAGUUACUGUAAGACGAGCAGCUUUUCACAAAUGUGUAAGAUGCUCUACUUGUAAAACAAGUGCUCUGAGCUUGCACUGAAGUUUGAGGUUUUAAAAAGGUUCCUCUUAGAAAAAAUAGUCUGAGAAGUGUUUUAUCAGUUGCUAGUUUGGUUUGGAAGACUUAAUAUAAUAAAAUAUCUGAACACUUCAGUUUUGUCCUAAUGUCCUGACUGAGGCACCGCCUUUUAAACUCGGAAAGAAUUCUACCUAUAUGGGGAGUACAACAGCAGGCCUUUUAUUUAAAAAAUAUAAAU